AUGGCGUCGAGUUGCAGCACGUACCUCCCUUCUGUCGACUGCACCGGUCGUGCGACGCGCGCCACCACCCCGGUCCUCUGUCGUGCGACCCCCACGGCUCAUUCACCCCCGACCAACCAUCUCCGCCGAGGACACAUGGACUGACCUCUUCGAUCAUCGCCACUCCACAGCCGAGAUUGAGCGGACACUGAAAAAGGUGUCCGAAGGUGUGAGUCGGCGGUCUGGCCUGGCUCAUGCGCGCAUAGGGCACGCUCGCUCGCUCGCUCGCUCCCAGCUGCUGACCUCGUCACCCCACUCCUCAACUAACAGGUCGAAAUAUUCGAAGGCGUGCGUUAUGAUACGCCAGAGCUAGUGGUGCCGUAGGUGCCGCAGCUGAACCAUGCCUCUUUCCCCUGACCAACCGCAGAUCUUUGACAAGAUCCAAACGAGCACGAACCAGACACAAAAGGAGAAGCUCGAGGUCGACCUCAAGUCCCAGAUCAAGAAGCUGCAACGUCUGCGCGAUCAGAUCAAGACAUGGAUGACCUCGAACGACAUCAAGGACAAGCAGCCGCUCAUCGAUAACCGCAAGCUCAUCGAGACGGUCAGUUCUGGGGUAUGGGGCGCGUGGGGAGGGGUCUUUUCAACGGGGGCUCACGCGAGUGCGGGGUUUCACAGCAAAUGGAACGGUUCAAGGCAUGUGAGAAGGAAAUGAAGACCAAGGCCUUCUCGAAGGAAGGACUCUCUGCCGCAGCCAAGCUCGACCCGAAAGAACAGCUCAAGCUUGAGCUGUGCAACUGGAUCACGAGCAUGGUUGAUGAGCUCUCGCGCCAGGUCGAGGCCUCUGAAGCCGAGGUCGAGACGUUGCAGGCGCUCAAGAAGAAGAAGGACAGCGACCGCGAGCGCUUGGAGCAGCUCGAGACGCUCAACGAGCGGCGGCAGUGGCACGUCAAUCGGCUCGAGUUGAUCUUGCGCCUGCUCGAGAAUGGCAACUUGCAGACCGAUGCCGUCAAUGACAUCAAGGAGGACAUUGCUUACUUUGUCGAGAGCAAUACGGUGCGUUGGAGAUGUUUUGUUUCGCUCUCCUCGGCAUGCAGUCACUAAACUGCUGUCUGGCACACGCACACAGGAGGAGGACUUUGACGAGGACGAAGGCGUGUAUGACGGACUGAAUUUGGAGGAAGAGGAAGAGAUGUUCCAGAUUGGAGGAGACGAUCUACAGUCGUCGCAUGACACGAGUUCGAUUGCCGACGAGCCAUCACCGGCACCAGCACCGCCACCGUCGGCGAAGAAAACCGUCGUCGAAGAGGCCGCCAAGAGCCCGGCCAAGUCGAGCAAAGCUGCCACCGCACCCGCCAUCACGAGUCCACCCGCACCCGCUGCAGCAACAACUCGCAAACCGACACUCGACUCCAACACUCCGAGACCUGUCGUCGUACCGCAGCCGACACGAUCGACUUCGGGCCCCGUGCCGACACCGCGGCCAGUCCCUGCAGCCCUGCCCCCGAUUCGUUACGCCGCCGCCGCCGCCGCCGCCAAUGCGUCGAGUACAUCGGCAGCAACAACAACAGUGGCCACCACGCCAGCAUCGGUACCUGCUCCCACGAGUGCACUGGCACCGACGCCUUCGGUUACCUCGACACCGAGCGUGACCAGUGCCCCCGCACCACCGCCAGGCCUGGCUUCGGCUGCUCCGUCGCCGACGAGUGGUCAAGAUGCUUCCCACGAUUCAACAGCGAGCUCUGAAGUGGCCCGAUCUACGGGAGCUGAUGCGAGCAAACUUGCCUCGGCGGGACCAUCGCCGAUGUUGGCGCCUGGGCUGGCACCGGGUAAUGCUUCCCUCUCGAGUCCCGCGCCGAGUUCGGCUUCCUUCAACGGUGUCAACGGUACUUCAGCAGCCCCCUCGCUCGCGGCGGCUUCGGCUUCGCCCGCUCCUUCGUUCUCAUCGCUGCCCCAAGCCUUGGCCAACUCGUCGACCGACCCAUCCGAAUCUGCCGUCCCCGCCCCCGACAAGGGUGUUGUCUCGAGCGCCGCCUCACAAGAAGCGUCUUCGCAGCCGACUCGAUCAGCGAACGAGCCUCGUUUGCCGAGCAGUUUGGCUGAUCUCGUGACGAGCUUUGAGAGCGCGAAGCAAAAGUCGAUCCGAAGAGACAACGAUUUGGGAGCGAUCCACAAGAUCCUCGAUGCUGGCUUCUCCAACGUGCCGCAGCCUCUUGAUGCUGAGAAGUGAGCUUGAGUUUGCCAUCGUGAGAGGCAAUUAUCUUGCAGAGACUAACUACUUCAUGGUUACAGGCCCAAGUACUACGUACCCCGACAGCCGUACGCAACUCCCAACUACUACCCUCAAGAGCCUCUCCCGCAGUUCGCGAACCCGGCCCUGUUCGCCAAGCUCGACGUCGACACGCUUUUCUACAUCUUCUAUUACUGCCAGGGGACAUACCUGCAGUUCCUCGCCGCGGCCGAGUUGAAGAAGCAGAGUUGGCGAUUUCACAAGCAGUAUCUCACCUGGUUCCAGCGCGCGAAUGAGCCGCAGCAGAUCACGGAUGAGUAUGAGCAGGGCGUUUACUUGUACUGUGAGUUUGGGAGUAGUGGUGAGUGGAAGGUGAUUGGGCUGAGCUGAUGUGUGGUGCUGUUCUCGAACAGUCGACUGGGAGGGCUCGUGGUGUCAGCGAAGGAAGGGCGACUUCCGAUUCGAUUAUGUGAGUGACACGUUCCCGGAGGAUCCAUUGUAUUUCACUACGCAUGCAGCUACGCAUUCAGUCCUAACUUCGAGUCUCGUACGUUCUCACAGCGGUACCUCGACACGGAUUAG